AACUCGUCCGACCCACUGCUGUAUCCGCUGCCUGUGCCUACGUCGGCCAUCUUAGCGGGCAAUUUGCUUGAUUUAAGCACGGUACCGACCAAUCAUCCGGCAUUUGGGGGAUCAGAGAUGCCCAGGAUUUCUAUUUUUUUUAUGGGUUUCUGCACACAGUAUAAAUAUUUGCUUAAAAUAUAAAGUAAACUACGAAAAGUAAAGGAACAAACUGUAUUUAACAGAUUCUAGUUUUAAAGCAGGAUUUAUUUGACCCCCAUUAACCUACUUAAAAUUCUUAAUAUAUAUCAUACGAAAAUUAAACUAAGAAAAGUAAAAAAAAAACAUGAAUUUAUUUGAUAGUUACAUGUAUAAUUUAAUGCAAUUCUAAAUCAGUAUGUGUUAAUCUUUACCAAUCUACUUUUUAAAAAGUAAAGGAAAAAACAGUUUUUAACAAACUGUCUGCAAAUUAACCAAAAGCAGGGUUUGUUAAUUCAAUAUAGGGUACCGGUAUAUUGCAAGAGAUUACACAGUAUUCCUGGAUUCUUGGAAAUCAGAUCCAGUACUGUAUAACAUAAUGACUUCACAUUCAUUAUCUCACAAUCAUUGUUCUGCAAUUAAUUGCUCCAAUCGUCAAUCCAAGCGACCUGAUUUGUCUUUCUUCAGAUUUCCAAAGAAUAAAGAGAGGUGCCAACAAUGGGUUCAGAAUACUUGUAGAGAUGAUUUGCUCGACAAAAGCCCUCUUUAUCUUAAUCACAAUUGCCACAUCUGUGCUGACCACUUUGAAGAUGAUCAGUUUUCAAACAAACUAACAAAGAACAGAUUGAAAUGGAAUGCUGUGCCAACACUUUUCAAUAUACCAGGCUACACUCUAAAGACCUCGUUAACUUCUCACAAGGCCAUGAAGAGAAAAAAAAACAAUGAUUCCACGCAAUUUGCCUUAAAACACCAAACAGAGAUCCCAUCUCCACUUAUUGACCACUCGUAUUCCAAGCCAAACACAGAAGACAGUUGCAACAGCAAUGUCAGCAACUGCCACAGACAAAAGACUCCAGCAUCAUCUUCAGACAACGAAGCAUCACAGAAAGAAGGGGAACAUUUCAAAAAUGGACAACAUCAAGCAUUCCAAAUGAAUAAGGAAGUAAACCAACACCAGAUUGUUAGUGACCUUCGUGUGAAUAAUUCCACCACAAACUCCCACCUGGUUAAACCACGGAAAGACAACAACACUCCAAGACUUUGUAUUCCGCCUUUGCGAAAGCUGUCAGAGACCCCAUUUGAUCUGAAUAAACAAGGAGAUUCUGGUUUUCAAUCACCAGUUCAGAUUAAACAGGAACCUUGUGAAGAAGAGGCACCAUUACACCAACCAUUUACACCAAAUCUGUUACUGGCUGAUAACCAUUUUGUUACCAUAAAACCAAGCACCAACCAAAUAUCAUCUUCAGGUCCUUUAUCUUCUGAACUCACACCUUAUUCUGAAAGUGAACCAGCACAGAAAGAUUUUCUCAAUCAUUCCACCAGUUUCUCAUGUCUUGAAGAAAAAAACAUCAAAGUCCAGAAUGUCUUCUCAGUACCAAUAGAUUUCUCCAGAAAGACAGAAGACAAGAAACAUGUAUCAAUCAGCCGCAACUGCCUGAAGACAUUGGUGUCUUUAGUAUCGUGUCCAACCUGCCAAGCAGAAGUAAACCCUCAAGAAACAAUUCAAGGCUUCAAAACGGGGACAUUGAUUUCUUUGAAUCUCUUCUGUUACAAUGGUCACAGUAUACAACCUCAGCAGUAAGGUUUCAGCAACAGCCAGAAUCACUGACAACUCUUAUAACAUUUAUUUUUGCAAUCAUAAGCAAAAUAUUUGGCAGAAAGAAAGCCAUUAUUGGAAUUAAUAUUUUUGCUGCCAUCCAUACAUACAGGCUUGUUCUUUACAGGUGCCGUACCAUGUAAAACAUAUAUAUAUGUGUGUGUGUGU